GGCUGCCCGAAAGUAUCUGACGUGAGGGAGCCACUCUUUAGUUGUUUUGUUGUCAUGGUAGCCAGAAGCGUCCCCUCCGUCACCCCAAGCUGUUACUGCGUUUUUACGGAUUCUUUAGUUUUCUUUACCACGGCACAACUUUAAAAUGAGCCGAGGUGGAGACGCAGCUGUAAUCCCUUCAUGACCUCUUCGUGUCGGAAACCCGACGGAAUGCGCAGGAGCACGGGAGCGGGACACGUUUUGCACAUCUGAACGUUGCAUUCAGGUGUUUUUAACUGUGUGUUUGAAUAUGGGGCAGCCGAGGUCCACUGCUCCUGUACUUCGUUUGGACCUGAACAACUUCGACUUGGCCGAGGCAGAGAGGAGUCGGUAUGUUUUAAUGAGCCCCCGCUCACUGGAGUCCUGUGCGCGGCACGGUAUCAAACCUGUUGAGCUUCUACUUAAAUCACUGAACGAGCUGAUGGCUGAGCAGAAAGACGCGCCCUUCGAGGCGGUGAGAGUCAUGCACGAAUCCUACGAAAAGGAGAGGAUGAAGCUUUUACAAAUGUGCCGAGAGGAGAGGGAGAGGAUUAUCCAGGGGGACAGGUGGCCAGGCACUGACAAAGUCUCAGGCCUGGAAGCAGUGCCUGCCACUAAAUCGAAGGAUCACUCACAGAAAACAGUGUCCAUCCCAUAUGCAGAUCUGUGCAUCAAAGGGAAACCUGUUAGCAGCUCCUGUUGUUCUGCUGCUGGUAACAGAGAGCCAGACAGAAGCACAGUCAGCAGCCUCAGUCUGGGAGACCUCAGACACUCCCCAGCUGCUGAGAAGACACUGGAGAGGCUCACCAAGGACAUCAAAAAGGAGAUGUGUGUCACAGUGUCAGAGAGAGACCGCAAGAUAGCAGCUCUCAUGCUGGUGAAGCACCAGGAGGAGCAGGCUCGCCUGAGGCUCUUUCAGCAGGAGGAGCAGGAGCGAAAGGAGGCCCGUAGGCAGGAGGAAGUUCAGCAGGCUCAGGCAGAGAAAAGGAGGAGGAAGAAACUCAAGCAGAGUAUGCAACGCUGGCAUGAGGAGCUGGAGGCCCGCAGGAGGAUGAGGGAGCGUCAAGAGAAAGAAAAAACGGGACAACUGGAGCAGGAGGUACUGCUGCAAGAGGACCGCUGGAGGAGGCUGAAAGAGGAGGUGGAGGCGCAACGCAGUGAAAAGAUAGAGGCUGCACAGAAAGAGGCAGAGGAGCGCAAACGCUACCAGGAGAAGCUGCUGAGAGAAAGGCAGGAGGUGGAGAAAUGGGAGAGAGAGAAGGAGAGACAGGUAGCAAUGGAGAAGGAGCAGAGGGCCAGGAGGAGCAAAGUGUUGCAGGAGAAGAAGGAGAGGAGGAGGCUCCAAGAGGAAAAUCACAAGGAGAUGCUACGACACAUCCUGCUGAAACAGCAGGUAGAGCAGCAGGUGGAGGAAGAGGAGGCACGGAUGAGGAGAACCCUUGAGAAGAAGCUGCGGCUCUCCUCUGAGAAACGUGCGCAGGCUGUAGAGGCACGGCUGAGGGAGCUGCACGAGCGGGCCGCCCAGGAGGAGGAGCAGAUUCAGAGAGCGCAGCUGAGGGCCAAGCUGCAGAGCGUCCAGCAGCUCACACACAAACAGAUCCUGGUCCAGCUGAGCCAGCGUCGCAUGGAGAGAGCCGCCCUGUACGCCUCGGACCAGCACAGGAAGAGAGCUCAGCAGACACAUCAGCGCAACAAACGCAGGCAGCUCUGCCACCAGACGCUCAGAGAGAGGAUGCAGAGAGAGGAGGAGGCAAUGAGGAAGGUCAAAGAGAGCUACCUCUCCAUGAAGGAGUGGAAGAGGGAGAGGCUGCGGAGACAGCGAGAGCAAAUACAGAUGGAGGCGCAGGCACUGGCGCGGGCCUCCUUUCACAUGAGGGAGAGAGUGAGACAGCAGAUACACAGUCGAACCUUUGAUCAGAUGGCUCUGGAGGCUCAGCUGACUGCCUCCAUGAACCACAUGAAGCUAUGAAGGAAAUGAUUUACUCCUAUCCUGACUUAAGACUCUCCACAUCUCUCACACUCCUCCAGAGCAGUUUAGAGUAGCAGCUGCAGUAAAAUAAGUGAGUUCAGAAAGUUCUAGAAGCAACACAGAAAAAACAUCCUGCAUAUCAGCAAUCUAAAAAUGUAGCAAGGGUGUGCCAUAGAAGUAUGUGAAUGUGUUAUAACUGGGGUGCUGCUCUGAAUAAGCUGCAUAGGGAUCCUGGAACAUGCCAUGGAUCAUUAUCAUGUCAGAGCUGUUUUCACAGGGCCUCAGAAUUUAGUGCUCAAUGUGCAGUACGGUUUGUAUUGAAUGAUCCAACAUGACACUGUGUAGUAUUACAGCCCUUUCUUACUGGUGAAGGGGAAGGGUUGAAUUUUUAACUUGGAAAGUUGGGCAGCACAGGUGAAGGCUGCAGACCGGAGAGUGAGGGGUUAAAUUAUAGUCUGCAGCCACUGGGGUGCUUGAAGGCUGACAUCAGUGUUUUGAAUUUGAUAUAAGCAAGCAGCCAGUGGAGUGCAGAUAGGGAAGGAGGGGUUAUGGGAGAAUUUGGGGAGGUUGAAGAUGAGCCAAGCUGCAGCACUACUGCUUAAUGUUUAAUUCACCAGUGUGAUCUUCUGACAUCACCAUGUCUCGCUAGAAGCUUUUUUCAUUUUUUUAAAAAAACAUUGUAUGUAUUAAGCUAAACUUUUAAUUAAAUUACAGAGUUAAAGCAGAAUCAAUGUUAAGCAGAAUGAGAUUUGUAGAUGUAGAAUAUAAACAGCUGUUACUGCUUCAGCACUUGAUUUGUUCUGGACUAUGACAAAUGGAGUGAAAUUGAAUUUAGCCAUUAGUCUUGUGAUUAUAUAUGAAUAGCACAGAUAUUGUUUUGUAUAUUUCAUUAUUUGCCAUAACUUUAUAGUAUUUGGAUGUGUUUUAUAAUAUUUUACAUAUGAAUAAAUGAUAUACUGAGUGCAAAA